AGAGAAAGAGAAAGAGAGAGAGAGAGGUAAAGAAAGGUAAAGAGAGAGAGUGUGUGUUGCUGUUUAAAGGCAUGUUUUCCAAUAAGACUGAGGGACCCCGCAGAGGAAGAUCAUUCGACUCCAUUAAUAAAUACUAUGAGGAGAAACAGAUCAAUAAUGAGCUAAAUAAAUCUACAUUUAACAACAUUGAGGAGAACCAAGGAAGAAUCCUCUCCUCUAAAAGAGAACAUGCAGCGAUUAUCUUCUCUCUGAAGAAUGAAGUCGGGAACCUCGUAAAAGCUUUAAAACUGUUUCAGGAGAACCAGGUGAAGCUGCUGCAUAUCGAGUCUCGUAAGUCGAGGAGGAGUAACUCGGAGCUGGAGGUGUUGGUGGACUGCGACAGCGAGCGAGACACUCUGAAGGAGAUCAUCCAGCUGCUGAAGAAACAGACCAACACCGUCACCAUGGACCCACCAGAGAGACCCCUACCUGAUCCAGAUACAGAUUUUCCAGAAGAACCCUGGUUCCCCAGAAAGAUCUCAGAUCUGGAUAAGUGUGCUAACCGGGUUCUGAUGUACGGUUCUGCUCUUGAUGCGGAUCAUCCUGGAUUUAAAGACAACGUGUACCGAAAGAGGCGGAAAUAUUUUGCUGACCUUGCAAUGAAUUACAAACAUGGGGAGGCGAUCCCGCGGGUGGAGUUUACGGAGGAGGAGGUGAGGACGUGGGGGGUGGUGUUUAGGGAGCUGAAUAAGUUGUACCCCUCCCACGCCUGCAGAGAAUACCUGCUGAACCUCCCCCUGCUCUCCCAGCACUGCGGCUACAGAGAGGACAAUAUCCCCCAGCUGGAGGACGUCUCUCGCUUCCUCAGGGAGCGAACAGGUUUCACCAUCCGUCCUGUGGCUGGAUACCUGUCCCCGCGGGAUUUCCUGGCUGGACUGGCCUUCAGGGUUUUCCACUGUACUCAGUAUGUUCGUCACAGUUCAGCUCCACUCUACACUCCAGAGCCGGACACGUGUCAUGAGCUGCUGGGUCACGUGCCGCUGCUGGCGGAGCCGAGCUUCGCUCAGUUCUCUCAGGAAUUAGGUCUGGCUUCUCUUGGGGCUUCUGAUGACGCUGUGCAGAAACUGGCUACUUGCUAUUUUUUCACGGUGGAGUUCGGCCUGUGUAAGCAGGAGGGUAAACUCAGAGCGUACGGAGCUGGUCUGCUCUCCUCCAUCAGCGAACUUCAGCAUGCUCUUUCCGGCAAUGCCAAAAUUCUCCCAUUUGAGCCGAAAGUCACCUGCAAGCAGGAGUGUCUGAUCACCACCUUUCAGGAUGUCUACUUCAUGUCUGAGAGCUUCGAGGAGGCCAAAAUUAGAAUGAGGGAGUUUGCUAAAACGAUCCGGCGCCCGUUCACCGUGCGUUAUAACCCGUACACACAGAGCGUGAGUGUGCUGAAGGAUAUGCCCAGCAUCAACAGCGUGGUGGAGGAGCUCCGUCACGAGCUGGACAUCGUAGGAGACGCCCUGCACCGGCUAAACAAACACCUGGGCGUCUGAGAGCCGGGCACAAACACCGCCCGCAACCAGGACUGCAGUCUGAUACAACCUGCCAUAACUACAAUUAACACCAUUAACCAUUUCCUGCAUUUUCUGCUGUAUGUAAAUACUCUAAUCAUAUACCUGUUCAAUACUGUUCUGUGCUGUUUAAUAGCAGGUUAAAUGGCAUGAUUUUAAAGUACCAGCCAGAUAAUAUAAUAAUAAUAAUCAACAGCCGAUAUUUUAC